CCACUGCAUGCGAAUGAGACUGGAGAGCAAUCUGCUGGCCUAAGAGCCUCAUAAUCAGCACAUCAUUAUCAGGAGGGGGCUGGUGCAUGGGGUGGCAGCGGGCUGAGGAAAGAGGAAAUAAAGGGAGGGAGCAGAGGAUGACACCAAAUGAGCCCCUGGCAGCAAGGAGACAUUAUAACACGAGGAAAAGGAAGCACGUAUUUGUAGAGCAAAGGCCGGGGGAAUAGAUUCACGGUGGAACUAUAAAGGAGCAUAAAAAGAACAGAGAUACAGAAUGACGCCUAUGUUUUUUUUUUUUUUUUACCUGGCUAAUGGGAAACCGGAAGCCUUUAUUGUUGGCGAAUACUACUGUCGGUCCUCAAAACUCCCAACACCUCGUAGUGCUGAUAUACUAUUAGUUCUUAGGGAGAGACGCCUGAUGACAGCUCUUUGAAGUUGACCUUGAUCUCAUGCAUUUUCCAAACAGAGCUCAAAAGGAGCACAAACAACAGAGUGAACAUCUCACAGCCCACAUGUCCUGGGUUUAUUCAUGUGCACUCACUCUCUCUCCUGCAUGUACUUCAACCUGCCUUUUGUUUACCAUCAAUGACAGGGAGAGGCGGCCUGAUGGACUGAGUGUUUAGAGAAGAUAACACAGUGUCUGCCAUUCAGGAUAAUUCCUGUGUCGCCUGUUUAAAAUAUGUAUCAGUGUUCACUGCUGAACUUCCUGUGUUCGUGUUUCGUAGACAGCAAAGAACAGGUUAAAGUAAGUUAUAUAUGCAGAUUAAAACAAUACUUAGAAAAACAUUUCAAUUUAUAAGGGAGUCAAUGCCAAAGGUCCAUAUACUGAUACACACAAUGAAAUCUGUCCUCUGCAUUAACUCAUCAGAUGACUCCUUUGAGAGCAGGGUAUGCUUUCAGAAGGAAAUGAGUGCUGUCUCAGCACACCCCAGCCGGCCACUGCUGGAUUGGAACCUGUGGUUGUAUGCCCAAAGCCCAUACCUCCAGGGAAGGAACUGGAAAAUAUCAGGAAAAAUAGGAAAUAUUUUCAUUACACGUAAAUUGGAAAAACUUAGCCUGAAGGAAUUAUUAAAAUGUUCAAGGGUUUCUGUAAGGGGUGUCCACACUUUUUUUGGUUUCUUUUGACUAUAUGUUCAAAUGACCAGGCUAAAGUGAUCUACCUACAGUAUAAUAUAAUUAACUUUAAUUCUUAUUGCUCAUGAUCUACUCCUGCUCUAAGGAUUUCAGGUGUUGAUGUAGCAGUGUCUUAGGCACCGUCUGAAAACUCCUAGAUACAGUUCUGGGUUAGAGCGUGGAGGUGCUAGGGUGAUGUGAAAACUUGUACUGUAUCUCUACUCACUAUGUGGCAUUGUGUCAGCGUACUUACCACAGUGAUGUGUGGAUCUCCUGAAGCUGAGACUCAAACAUUGAUUCGUUUACUGCAGUUGGUCAGUGAAAGUUCUUUCCUUUGUCAAAAUAAAUUCACAUCGAAGAGCAGACUGAGCAGAUUUUUAAAAAAUCAGUCUUUGAUCGUGACAAUCGAGAUGAAAUUUUAAGUGUCUGUGAUUAAUCAUUUUGGAAGAAAUUUGAAAAACAAAAAACAUAUUCAACAUCAAUUGGACCACAGGAAAAUUACAAACCAAAUAAAACAGCUGUAUGCUUGUUUUUGGAGCCAUUUUCCACCAAGCACUGAAGUAUCUUUUUUUUUUUUUUUAAUUUUUGUCUUAAUUUCGACUCUUAUUCCUUGACAAAAAUUCUCAGCAUCCACAGAUUUCUCUAUUCUUGAGAAGUGGACAAUUAUGUUUAGCAUUAUGACUUCGUCUUUUUUCUUUCUUUUUUUUCAGCUGCAAGAGGAGCUAGUGAUGGCAGGUCUGGGACAACAUCCAAACUAGGCAUUGAAACGAUGAUCUUCUUACUGUAAGGCAAGAACACUAACCACUCCACCAUUUCCCAGUUAUUUUGGUAGGAUCAUUUGAGAGGGUUUAAAUUCAGGCUAUGUCUAUUGAUUCAGGAAAAAUGUGGGUCCUGACUCCUGAGGCUGCAGCCCUUGAGAAUCACCCGUUCACCAAACAAGGCCCACAGCCUGCAGCUUACUUUUAAUUUGCGACCCACUUCCUCUUCCUCCGCCAAAGUAAUAUAUUACAGCAGAUAUUUUCCCAGUAAAAACCUAAAUGUCAUCAGGUAAAUCUGAAAUCCAGUUUUAACAUCAGUUUCCUCCUUAAAGCAGCUGGUCUAAGUGGACGUUCUCUACCUCCACCUGCCGCGUGGUGGCAGUAGUGCACAGUGUACUUGCCCGUACUUGGGUUGCGCUCAUUGUCGGGUCCACGUAAGGAUCGAUACAUACACAAACCUGCUCGAAUGUACAGUGAGUUAACAGACUAAAACUACUGACACGCCUUGAACUCAAAAUAUUUAUGAGGAAAUGUUUUUACAACCUGUCGGGAGAUGCAGACUGAGUGUCCGCACUUACAAACAUCAUACACACUCACACACACUCACACACAUAUCCCCACGCACACACUCCUGGCACUCAGACCUGCUGCUGCUGCUGCUGCUCCUGGUCACAGUAGGGGAACAGAGAGGUGGAUGUGCAGAAGUGGUUCGAAACCCAGAAAACUGAAGUGUGUUCUUUCUGUGGACGCUACAAACUCAACGUCACUGUGGACAUCUGUGAACUUGCAGAGUGCGCGUUUCUACAUGUUUAACUAGUAUUCCCCAGUGCGUGUUUGUUAUAACGCCGUGGUGAGAAGGUGAUGUCAGUAAUCCGUCUGGCUGCGCUUGACAGCUGAGCAAAUUCAAUUGGACUGACUCCGCCUUGCUCCUGCGAGACUUGUCCACAGGCUUUCCAUAGUACAGCGUGGAUGCCUGCAUCCCUGCCUGACUCCCUGCGCCUGUCUCUCCUCCAUCCACACUCAGCCAGCGGUCUGACGCACAGGACCAUCUCCAGCCCGGACUCUCAGCCUGGGAGUGUGCGGUCACAAAGCAACAUGUUCCCGGCGUGGAGACGGCGUGGAAUGCGCACCGAGGGCGCAGCGGUUGCGCCGCCGCGGACCGUGAUCAUAGCCGGGCAGGUUGGACAGGUGUGGGUCUCCUGUUGGAUUCUGCUGUCGGCCACUUGCAUCCUAAGCGCUUGGGCUCAAGAUGACGUGCCACCUUACUUUAAGAUGGAGCCUCCACAGACGCAGGUUCACCUGGAGGGAAACCGCCUGGUUCUCACCUGCAUGGCAGAGGGCAGCUGGCCCCUGGAAUUCAAAUGGAUCUACAACGGCACUGAACUCACAAGGUUCUCUUUGGAGUACAGGUACCUCAUCCCCACACUGGACCGAUCGCAUGCCGGCAGCUACCGCUGCAUUGUGAGAAACCGAGUGGGAGCAAUAAUGCAGUGCAGUACUAUGGUGCAGGUUGCCUACAUGGGUGGUUUUGUGGAGGGGGAGAGGUUUCAAACUGUCUCCCAGGGUGAGGCCGGGCUCAUCCGCGUGUCACAGAUCCACAGCUUCCCCAAGCCGCAGAUCACCUGGUUCAGAGAUGGGCGUAAGAUUCCUUCCAGCAGCCGCAUUGCCAUCACUCUGGACAACACACUGGUCAUCCUCUCCUCUGUGGCGCCCGAUGCUGGCCGUUACUACGCCCAGGCGGUCAAUGACAAGAAUGGAGAGAACAAAACCAGUCUGCCCAUCACUCUCAUUGUUGACAAUGUAGGAGGACCUGUGGACACGAUUGCCCCUUCCAUCAUCAUCCCCCCCAAGAAUACCAGCGUCACAGCAGGGCGAAACGAAGCCAUCCUGGAGUGUGUCGCCAAUGCAAGACCCCUGGUCAAAAUGAGCAUUACAUGGAGAAAAAAUGGCGUCGUGGUCAACACAGGCAUCCGUGAUUUCGGCCGUAGGUUGGUUUUCACUUUUCCCGCGGUCAGUGACAGUGGUUACUACGAGUGUGAGGCGGCACUUCGUGGCAGCAGCCUCCUGUCCGUCACUGCUGGGGCCUUCCUGCAUGUACUUGAGUUCCCUCUGUUUGUCAAAGAACCACCAAGUCACAUCAGUGCAGAGAUGGAGAAAGUGGUGGACAUCCCCUGUCAGGCUCGAGGCACACCACAACCAGACAUCGUGUGGUACAAGGAUGCCGUUCCCAUCAGCCCAGUGAAGAUCCCCAGAUACAGAGUGUUGGCAGGAGGCAGUCUACAGAUCAACGGUCUUCUGCCAGACGACACUGGGAUGUUUCAGUGCUUUGCCCGUAAUCUGGCAGGAGAAAUCCAGACAAACACCUACCUGGCUGUUACUAGUAUUGCUCCCAAUAUCACCAUUGGUCCCUCCGACUCGGCCGUGAUUGACGGCAUGUCAGUCAUUUUACACUGCGAGACCUCAGGAGCCCCGCGGCCAGCCAUCACCUGGCAGAAAGGUGAACGUGUCUUGGCCAGUGGCUCGGUCCAGAUGCCCAGGUUCACACUGCUAGAGUCUGGCAGCCUGCUAAUCAGCCCUGGCCACUUAUCUGAUGCUGGUACCUACACCUGCAUGGCCAGUAACUCCAGGGGCAUCGACGAGGCUUCAGCUGAUCUCGUGGUCUGGGCGCGAACACGCAUCACUAAACCGCCACAAGACCAGAGUGUCAUCAAAGGAACUAAGGCUGUCAUGACCUGCGGUGUGACCCACGACCCCAGCGUCACUGUGAGGCAUUUAUGGGAGAAGAGCGGCUCGGCUAUUGACGUGAACAGCUCACCUCGCUUGCGGUUGGAUCCAGACGGGACCCUGCACAUUUCCCAGACGUGGUCGGGCGACAUCGGAACAUACACCUGCAGGGUGACCUCAGUGGGUGGCAACGAUUCCCGCAGCGCCCACCUCCGAGUCAGGCAACUACCCCAUGCUCCAGAAAACCCAAUAUCAGUUUUGAGUAUGACAGAGAAGAGGGCCAUCAACCUCACAUGGGCCCCGGCCUUUGAUGGAAACAGCCCUCUUAUCCGCUACAUCCUGGAAGUCUCAGAAAACAAUGCACCUUGGACAGUACUGCUGGCCAACAUUGUGCCUGAAUCCACGGGGGUAACUGUCGGUGGUCUCAUACCCGCUCGUUCAUACCAGUUUCGCCUGUGUGCUGUCAAUGACGUGGGCAGGGGCCAGUUCAGCAAGGAAACUGAUCGACUGACUCUCCCUGAGGAACCUCCCAGUGCGCCCCCCCAGACUGUCAUCGCGAGUGGCCGCACCAAUCAGUCCAUCAUUAUACAGUGGCAGCCGCCCCCUGAGAGUCAUCAGAACGGUCCUCUACAGGGCUACAUCAUCAGGUAUUGUCUGUCUGGGCUGCCGGUGGACUGCCAGAUGAAAAACAUCACCAACCCAGACCAGACCAGCCUGCUCCUGGAGGACCUCAUCAUCUGGACCAACUAUGAGAUCGAGGUAGCGGCCUAUAACGGAGCGGGCAGGGGCACCUACAGUCACAAGGUUACCGAGUGGACGCUGCAAGGAGUUCCCACUGUGCCGCCAGGAAAUGUACAAGUAGAGCCUGUCAACUCCACCACCAUACGUUUCACCUGGAGUGCCCCGAGCCCUCAGUUUAUUAAUGGAAUAAACCAGGGAUAUAAGCUGUUGGCAUGGGAACCCGCCCAUACUAAUGUGGUCACCAUGGUUACAGUACGACCCAACUUCCAGGAUAGCGUCCAUGUGGGCUACAUCUCUGGCCUCAAGAAGUUCACUGAGUACUACACGUCAGUGUUGUGCUUCACCACCCCAGGAGAUGGGCCCCGCAGCCCAGCCCAAUGCCUGCGCACUCACGAGGAUACCCCUGGUCCUGUGGGACAUCUUAGUUUCACUGACAUCCUGGACACCUCACUAAAAGUCAGCUGGAAAGAGCCACUGGAGAAAAACGGCAUCCUCACAGGCUACCGCAUCUCCUGGGAGGAGUUCAACAGGACCAAUACUCGGGUCACCCAUUAUUUGCCCAACCUGACUCAGGAAUACAAGGUGACGGGGCUCACAGCCCUCACCACCUACACCAUCCAGGUAGCAGCCAUGACCUCCAAGGGACAGGGGCAGCUCUCAUCCUCCACUAUCUCCUCUGGUGUUCCGCCAGAGUUGCCCGGUCCUCCCACCAAUUUAGCCAUCUCCAACAUCGGCCCUCGCUCCGUCUCUCUGCUGUUCAAACCCGGUUAUGACGGCAAGACAUCAAUUUCCCGUUGGCAGGUUGAAGCUCAGAUCAGCAUUAUAGGAGAGAAUGAAGAGUGGUUGUUGGUUCAUCAGCUGGCUAACGAGCCUGACGCUAGAUCACUGGAGGUCCUCGACCUCAAUCCCUAUACGUACUACAGGUUUCGAAUGCGCCAGGUCAACAUAGUGGGCACCAGUCUGCCCAGUCAACCCUCCAGGAAGAUCCAGACCUUACAGGCCCCUCCAGACAUCGCCCCCGCCAACGUCACCCUGCGCACCGCCAGUGAGACCAGCUUGUGGCUGCGCUGGGUGCCUCUUCCAGAGUGGGAGUACAACGGCAACCCGGAUCUUGUUGGCUACCGGAUCCAGUACUCCAAAGCUGGUUCUAAAGGUGGAGUUCUCUCGCAUGUCAUCAUGGAUCGACUGGAGAGAGAGUUCACCAUUGAAGACUUAGAAGAGUGGAUGGAGUAUGAGGUCAGAGUCCAGGCCAUCAACGGGAUUGGUUCAGGACCCUGGAGCCAAGCAGUCCACGGCAGAACCAGAGAGUCUGUGCCCUCUAGUGGUCCGACCAAUGUGUCAGCCUUCGCUACGACCUCCAGCAGCAUCCUGGUGAGGUGGGGAGAAGUCGCUGCAGCUGACCGCAAUGGACUUGUCUUGGGAUACAAGGUCGUGUAUAAGGAAAAGGACUCGGACAAAGCUCCUGAUUCCUGGACAGUGGACGGGAACACCAGCCACAGUGUCCAGCUGAGUGGUCUGGGCAAAUACGUCCUGUAUGAGAUCCAGGUCCUGGCGUUCACACGUAUUGGGGAUGGAAGGAGCAGCACACCACCCAUUCUUGAGAGAACCCUGGAUGACGUGCCAGGACCUCCAGUCGGCAUCCUGUUCCCUGAAGUCAGGACCACAUCAGUCAGGCUCAUCUGGCAGCCUCCUGCACAGCCCAAUGGAAUCAUCCUGGCCUAUCAGAUCACGUACAGAAGAAACUCCUCAAAUAGCAACGCUGCCACCGUGGACGUGCUGAGCCCCAGUGCACGACAGUACACAGCGACUGGACUGAAGCCAGAAACGGUUUAUGUUUUCCGCCUCACUGCUCAGACACGGAAAGGCUGGGGGGAAGCAGCGGAGGCUCUGGUGGUCACCACAGAAAAGAGAGCUCGACCUCAACCCACAAGUCGUCCUGUCGUUCCUCAAGAGGAAGUCCAGGCACGCAGAGUGCUUUUGUCCUGGGAACCCGGCAGUGACGGCCUGUCACCGGUUCGGUACUACACGGUCCAGUACAGAGAGCUGCCUGACAGUAACUGGACUGUGCAUUCAGCUUCAGUCAGCCAUGAGACCAACUCCUACAUCGUGGACAGGUUGAAGCCGUUCACUUCCUACCAGUUUCGACUCAAAGCGACCAAUGACAUAGGAGACAGCGAGUACAGCCAGGAGAGUGAGGCCAUCACUACACUACAAGACGCUCCAGACAAAGCACCAACAAUUCUGUCUGUCACACCUCACACGACUACAUCUGUACUGGUUCGCUGGCAGCCUCCCUCUGAGGAUCACAUAAAUGGAGUGUUGCUGGGCUUCAGGGUCAGGUACCGUGAAUUACACUACGACCACCUACGCAGCUUCACCGUUCGCGCAGGUCCCUCUGCCAACUGGGCCGAUCUCACGGCUCCGUACAGUGUCAGGAAUUUAACAGAAUCCUCGCUUACUCAAUAUGAACUGGAUAAUUUGAGCAAACACAAACGCUACGAGAUCCGACUCAGUGUGUACAACGCUGUCGGGGAGGGUCCGAGCAGCGCCCCGCAGGAGGUGUUUGUUGGAGAAGCAGUCCCAACAGCGCCCCCACAGAAUGUGAUGGUCCAGUCCUCAACAGCCACACAGCUGGACGUCACAUGGGACCCUCCUCCUCUGGACGCUCAGAAUGGAGACAUUCAAGGAUACAAGAUUUACUUCUGGGAGUUUCAGCUGCAGAAUGAGACGGAACGUCUGCGCACUCUCUUCCUGCCGGAGCUGGGGGUCAAGAUCAAAAACUUGACAGGCUACACUACCUACCUGAUCAGCGUGUCAGCCUUCAACGCUGCAGGGGAUGGCCCCCGCUCCCUGCCCACCAGAGGGCGCACUCAGCAAGCGGCCCCCACCGCACCUGGCUUCAUCCACUUUGGUGAACUGACCACCACUUCGGUCAACGUGUCCUGGGGAGAGCCCAAACAGGCCAAUGGCAUCAUUGAAGGCUACCGCCUGGUUUAUGAGCCCUGCACGCCUGUGGACGGUGUCAGUAAGAUCGUGACAGUCGAUGUAAAGGGCAGCACUCCCCUCUGGAUGAAGAUCAAAGACCUGGCUGAUGGCGUCACCUAUAAUUUCCGCAUCCGUGCUAAAACGCUCACUUAUGGCCCAGAGGUCGAGGCUAACAUCACCACUGGGCCCGGAGAAGGAGCCCCGGGCCCUCCAGGGGAACCAUUUAUUUCUCGUCAUGGCGCUGCCCUCACACUUCACUGGACAAGUGGUGAUCAAGGUCGUUCACCCAUCACGAGAUACGUUAUUGAAGCCAGACCCUCCGAUGAAGGGUUGUGGGACAUCCUAAUCAAAGACAUUCCUAAAGAGGUGACAUCUUACACACUUAACCUGGACAUGCUGAGGGAAGGGGUCACCUACGACUUCAGAGUGAUUGCAGUCAACGACUACGGCUACGGCUCUCCCAGCGCUCCUUCCCCUUCAAUAUCAGCCCAGAAAGUUUCUCCAUUCUACGAGGAGUGGUGGUUCCUGGUGGUGAUUGCUCUGGUGGGCCUCAUCUUCAUACUCCUCCUUGUUUUCAUCCUCAUCAUCCGCGGCCAGAGUAAAAAAUACACCAAGAAAGCGGACGCAGGCAACCACUCCAACUGCACAGCACUUCCGCUGACCCACGGAGAAAUGGUGCGUCUGGACGAGGGACGCUUCCCCGCCCUGGAGCUCAACAACAGGCGCCUCUCCAUGAAAAACUCGUUUUGUCGCAAGAACGGCAUCUACACACGAUCUCCGCCAAGACCCAGUCCUGGGAGUCUGCACUACUCAGAUGAGGAUGUCAGCACUAAAUAUAAUGACCUGAUUCCGGCAGAGAGCAGCAGUCUGACCGAAAAACCCUCUGAAAUAUCUGACUCUCAGGGCAGCGACAGUGAAUAUGAGAUGGACCAGAGCCGACAGAAGACCCACUCCUUCGUCAACCACUACAUCAGUGACCCCACUUACUACAACUCCUGGCGGCGGCAGCAGAAGGGUGUCUCCCGUCCGCCAGCUUACGGCUACUCCCAGCCGGAGCCCCUGGUGGAGCAGGAGUCCCGGCCGGCCCCUCCGCCCGUGCCUCCUCUGCCCCCCCUGGUCCCCCAGAGCGCCCCGUCCCCUCAUCCACAGUGCCAAGGCCAAGGCACACUGUUCAGGCCUAAGGGAAGCCGGACUCCCACCCCCUCCCUGCUGUCCUCUGAGCCUUCCAGCCAGCACAGCACCCUCUACCGCCCCCCCAGCAGCCUGGGUUGUGCUGCUCAGACACCCACCGCGGGGUUUUCCUCUUUUGUUUGACACACAGCUCUCCUUCCAAUAACAACAGGACCCUGAGGAGGAGACUUUGAUUUUGUUGUUGUUGGUUUAUUUAUACUUUGCACAUUUCCUGAUUAUCUCCCAAACUUUGAUUUAUCCACAGAGAUGUUGCUCAAUAUGAAAUCAUUGCCGGCCUCUUGAGUAGUGCUUUCUUCUCUGUUUGAGUGUGAAUGUGUGUGUAUGGUUGGUCAGUCCAUGAUCUAUAUAUGUAUAUUUCAAGAAAAAGACAAUCAUUUGAGCAUUCUUAUGGGUUGGUCAUGUAUUAUAUUUGAAGAAAAUGUUUAAAAAAGAACCUGGAGUUCUAGAAGAUGAUUCUUUGUUUAACAAUGUUGUCUUAAUGUUUAAUUACAGAGCUUUAUGGGAAAACAACCUCCUUUACAACAGUAGAUUACAGACCACUUAGCCUGUUGAGACUCGAUAGUGAAAAAUCACCUCUGAUUGAAGACCUUAAAGUUUGAGAGGGACAAACUCAGUCAGAAGUGGACUCUGUCCUGGAGUGGAGUGGUCUUUGUGACGAUCCCACGUUUUACGACUCCAAUCAUCCUCAGUCGGAUAAUGUGUGUUUGUGUGUCUGUGUUACUUUCUGCAGCAAAAACUGAUUCACAUCACACAGGUGGGAGACGUGCACCAGGAGGGAACUCAGAAUCAGAGGUUUUGCUCUAAAGUCUGCUGUACUCUGUCCGACUUUGCCUUGGCAGGUGUGUGAACUGAGUUGUGUUCUCCGAGGAACCACAUCACGUGUUUACUGUACGUACUUGUAUUAUAUGGUUUACCAGAUAUUUAUAUAUCGAUCAGCUUCAAGCCCAACAUUUUCAGAACAUCACCUGUGACAAUGUUAUGAAUCAUUAAAGCAUUGUGGCACCUUUACUGUAGUCUGGACCAUGUGUCAGCGAAAUAUAAGACUUUUGCCCAAAUUGUAAUAACAACUGACUCACAUAAGGGGAGAUGUUCCCUCACUUUUCUGUGUCCUUCCUCUAGAGGUUACCACAGGUACUACUUCCUGUCAACGUCUGUGUCAACUUCUGUAGAUACAGUACAUCCAUUUCCUAUUUACAGUCUGAUUGUAGAGUGCUGUAUAUAAUGACACAUGUCUGAUACCAACGAUGUGAGACGGUGACGGUUCAACAAGAAGUUGAAGUGUGUUUGUCUUUGAGGAUGAGGAAGAAAACUAGCUACUUUUAAACCUUUUAAUUCAUUUCUAGGCUAAUUUUGUCUUUUGUCUCGUCAAGCUAACUCGUAGCUAUGUUUUCAUGAUUAGGUUGGUGUGUUUUUUGUUUAUUUACUAAAACUUUGAGUUUUUUUUUUUUUAGUAAUUUCAUCUAGUGUGUUAGCUCACUUUUCAUUUUGGGUUAAUGUCUUACGGUCUCAUGGCUAAUGUUUGGCAGUUUUUUUUUUGUUCAUUUUUAGGGAAUCUUUUAGAGCUAAUUCACUACAUUUUUAAUUUCUAGUUACCAAUAGGUUCCCUUUUAUUUUUGUAUUGUUGAUUUGUUCUUCCACUUUCAAGUGAAUAGCCCUAAUUAUGGCCUUAUAGUCUGGCACAUGUUCACUCCUGGGUCACUGGCUGGUCACAGUAUAGCCAAAUGUCAGGUGUACAGAGUCCAGGGAAAAGGAAGGGGGGUCAUUUUAGGUGAUGUGUUGAAAAUAUUUCGUAGUCAUUCCUAUUUCUAACCUUGGAACCGCGUACACUUACACUAUUAAGGUGUUUUUAUACCAACUUUCAAGUCAUCUUGUGAAAGUCGAAUGGGUCAUUGCUGUAUAAAUGUAGUUGCUUUAUGAAGUUCAGAUUUAUCAUCUGUCAAACUCCCUAUGUAAAUAUACAUAAAUAUGUACAUCAUUGACCUAUUCACGGUGGCACUCUCAGAAUAAAUUCUCUUUCUAAUCAUAUAUUUCACCUGAAU